CCCCCCCCCCCCCCCUGGCUGCAGCUCUUUCAUUGAUUGCUUGAAUCUUGACUGGACGCCUCCCGACCUUUAGCUUGCGUUCACUCAUUUCGUCUCUCCCCUCCCUCCCCUCUUUCGCAAUCCUCCCGCCCCCAAUCCCUCCUCCACCUCCUCCCUCGAUAUGGCCGACACUGAGGAUGCGGGCACUUCGUCGGUGUCCGAACCCCUCGACCUGGUGCGCCUGUCGCUCGAUGAGAUUGUCUUUGUGAAGUUGCGCGGUGACCGUGAGCUCAAGGGCCGUCUCCAUGCCUACGAUAGCCACUGCAACCUAGUCCUGGGUGAUGUGGAGGAAACCAUCUACGUGGUCGAGGAAGACGAGAACGAACAAGAGACGAUCCGAACGAUCAAGAAGCAGGAGGAAAUGCUUUUCGUUCGAGGCGAUUCGGUUGUUCUGAUCUCCCCUCAAGCAUGAUGAGAUGAAAUUUCCGAGAAGACAAAAGGACCAAUGGAUCUGAUCGGAGGGCUGGGAAGGCCAUGCAGCGUAUACGUCUUCUCGCUGCUACCCCAUGUCGGCCACGGAUCAGUAUGAGACCACGAACUACCAGGCGAUGCUACAGGGUUCCCAGACGUAGAACUCUAAUUGCAAGCAAUGCACUAUACACGUAUAUUCUGGGCAGAUGGUAGAUAGAGGUGGGAAAAGGUCGUGUUUCAGAUCAGGACAGGGCAGGAUGGGAUGAAGAGCAUCAUGCCAUGCAGCACUGCAGCAGCAGCAGCCGCCACUAUUCAGGAGGACAAGUUCUGGCAUCUGCCCUGGCAUGCAACUUUAAGUUUUAGUAUGUGGUAAUUGUGCUGAAAGCAAAAGAAUCCAAAUGUACACAUGCACCUG